UUGUAUUGUUAAUUAAUGUGAAUAUCAAAUUAAACACUCGAAACUUACAUAUUUAUGAUGCAGGUAGGAGGCAAGGUGGUACCUAUUUUUAACUCAGAGGCACUCCGUGGGGGUGCAAACAACUUGGUUCUCAAAUUUGUAUUUUCAGGGCAGGUCUCAGAGUGGUUUGAUUUUCAACAAACGUGAUGGUGGCCCUUGCAGUGGUCAGCUCCGGGCUUUGAACUCUCAGAGGAGGGGCGUGGGGGGAUUGAACACACCAUGUUUUGGUUGCAGCCUCAGAGAAACCUUGGAUGAAAUACUUUUUUUUUUCAAUCCUGUUUUCUGUUGAUAAAUUCAGUUCUUGUGAGCGCAGUACCUUCAAGCUGUUCUGCGUAUGAUUUUUUUUUUUUGAGUGUGACAAUUGCAUCUAAAACUUGUGAGCCAGAAGACGAGAAAUCAGUUGGUCUCCAUCGCUUUCCAUAAAAAUGGCUGAAUGUCUUAUGCUAGCACUGCAUUAAGUGAUACAUACAGAUCUUGACGAGGAGGAGAUGGAGGACUCGGGACCCGGGAUUUCCAAGUGAUUUCUUCCCGAGCACGAGAAACUCACUGGGUUAAGGCUGGUCUGCGCUCACUGAGAUGACAGUCAUGUCCCUUUCCAGGGACCUCAAGGACGCCCUGCACAGCGACACGGUGCUGUCCAUCCUGAAUGAGCAGCGCAUCCGCGGCAUCCUGUGCGACGUCACCAUCAUCGUGGAGGACACCAAGUUCAAGGCGCACAGCAACGUGCUGGCGGCCUCCAGCCUCUACUUCAAGAACAUCUUCUGGAGCCGGGCCAUCUGCAUCUCCAGCCACGUGCUAGAGCUGGACGACCUCAAAGCCGAGGUGUUCACGGAGAUCCUCAACUACAUCUACAGCUCCACGGUGGUGGUGAGGCGGCAGGAGACUGUCACAGACCUGGCGGCCGCGGGGAAGAGGCUGGGCAUCGCCUUCCUGGAAGACCUCACCGACCGCCACUUCACCAGCUCGCCGGGCCCCUACGUGUUCUGCAUCACUGAGAAGGGCGUGGUGAAAGAGGAGAAGAAUGACCGGCGCCCCGAGGAACCGGCCGUCACCAGCGGCCCGAGGAUCACCAACGCCUUUUCCAUCGUCGAGACCGACAACAGUAACAGCAUGUUCUCGCCGCUGGACCUGCGGGCGAGUUUCAAGAAGGCAUCGGACCCAGUGCGUAGCGUUGGUGGCGGGGGCGGGGGCGGCAGCAGCCUAUACCCAGAGCGAGCGGAUGCCUGCCACGAGGCUGAGCCUGUGCGGACCCUGGCCGAGCACUCCUAUGCUGUGUCCUCAGCCACCGAGGCCUACCGAGGCCUGCCCACCCAGGAGCCCCCCAAGCCCCCCAGCCCCCCGCCCCCACCGCUGCCGCUGCCCGCGCCACCUCCACCGGGCAAGACGGGGCAGGAAAAGAAUGGCGAGGCCCCGCGGGCCACCAAAGCAAAACCGUGCCGAAAGCCAAAGACGCUGGUCGUGGCGCCCAACCCCGAACCCCCCGCCGAAAACCCCCCAUCCCUUCCAGCCACUGAUGGAGCGGCACGACCAGACCCCAGCUCCCCUAGGCCGCCGCCAGCCACUUCAAGCUUGCCCUGUCCCCCGUCUCCACAGCCACAAGGGGAAGCCUGCUGUGCCCCCGAGGAGGAGGAAAAUAAGGCCUCGGAUGCGCCUGGGCCGCCCCCGCCGGCCACGGCUGAAGAAGUGCCACCGCUGGUGUACAACUGCAGCUCGUGCUCCAAGUCCUUCGAGAGCAGUGCGCUGCUCAGCGGCCACAUGCAGCUGCACAAGCCCACGCAGGAGCCCUUGGUGUGCAAGUACUGUAACAAGCAGUUCAGCACCGUGAACCGGCUGGACCGCCACGAGCAGAUCUGCAUGCGCUCCAGUCACCUGCCCAUGCCCGGCGCCAGCGGGAGCUUCCUGGAGAACUACCCCACCAUUGGGCAGAACGGGGGUGCCUUCGCCGGCCCCGGGGCCCUGCUCGCCGAGAACCGGGUGGGGGAGUUCCCUGGCGCCGGGGCCCCGGGCAGCAGCGCCCUGCCGGACGAGGACCACAUGGUGAAGUUCGUCAACGGCCAAGUCCUCUACAGCUGCGUGGUGUGCAAACGCAGCUACGUGACGCUGUCCAGCCUGCGGAGGCACGCCAACGUCCACUCCUGGAGGAGGACCUACCCCUGUCACUACUGCAACAAGGUGUUCGCCCUGGCCGAGUACCGGACGCGCCACGAGAUCUGGCACACGGGGGAAAGGCGGUACCAGUGCAUCUUCUGCCUGGAGACGUUCAUGACCUACUACAUCCUCAAGAACCACCAGAAGUCUUUCCACGCCAUCGACUACCGGCUGUCCAUCAGCAAGAAGACGGCCAACGGCGGCCUGAAGCCCAGCGUGUAUCCCUAUAAACUCUACAGGCUGCUGCCCAUGAAGUGCAAGCGCGCCCCGUACAAGAGCUACCGGCACUCGGCCUACGAGAACGGCCGCGAGCACGGCCGCGGUGAGGCGGGCCCCUACGUCAUCCAGACCCCGCACGCCUCCGAGCUGCCCAGCCUGAAUUUCCAAGGCCACGUGGCCACGCUGGCCCAGGGCCCCGCCGCCCUGCCUCUGGAGAGGUCGGCGCACCAGGACCUGGCCACGCCCGCCGGUGUCCAACCCGGCGAUGCCACCAAGUGGGGGAAGGACGCGCUCAAGGUGGAUCUCGACGGCCACUUCUACGCCAGCGAGCUGGCCGUGGCCCCCGCCGACCCCGCGGUCAGCUCGGACGCCCCGGCCGCCGCCCUGGCGGUGGGCGGCGGCGAGAACUCGGCGUCGGUGAUCAGCUACGGCGGCCCGGCGCCCUCGGUCAUCGUGCACAGCAGCCAGUUCUCGUCGGUCAUCAUGCACAGCAACGCCCUGGCCGCCAGACCCGGGGGCAGCGGCGGCGGCGGCGGCGGCGGCACUAGCGGCGGCGGCGGUGGGCACCGCGCAGAGCCGGCCACGGCGGGCCCGGGGCCGCGCAGAGAGGACAGCAGAGCCGAGCCCGAGAGGCCCGGGCGGGCGGCCAGCAGGCCCCGCGCGCCGAAGGAGAGGAAGAAGGCGGCGGCCCCCGGCAAGGGCGCCGCGGCCGAGGAGCCCCGGGGCGCGGCCACGGGCGCCCCGGAGCCCGCGCGCGCCCCGGCGCCCGAGCGCGGCAAGAUCGAGACGUACAUCGCCAAGCCCGCGCUGCCCGGCACGUCGGCCGACAGCAGCGUGGCGCCCCUGUGCCAGAUCACCGUGAAGAUCGGCAACGAGGCCAUCGUCAAGCGCCACAUCCUGGGCUCCAAGCUCUUCUACAAGCGCGGCCGGCGGCCCAAGCACGCGGCGCCCCCGCCGCCCCCGCCGCCGCCCGCCGAGCCGCCGCCGCCGCCCCCGACGCCGCCGCCGCCCGCCGCGCCCCGCGACCCCGCGCCGCGCGCCCGCAGCCCCCUGGGCCUCUACCAGGCCGAGUGCGUGGAGCUGAGCGAGAUGUUCGACGAGGCCAGCGACCAGGACUCCAGCGACAAGCCCUGGCGCCCCUACUACAACUACAAGCCCAAGAGGAAGUCGCGGCAGCUGCGCAGGGUGCGGCGCGGCGGCUGGAGGAAGGAGGCGGCCGCCGAGGCGCGCGGGGCCAGGGCCGGCAAGCUGCUGCUGCCCGCCGAGCUGGACUGCGCCGCGGCCAGGCCGCCCCCCGACAGGGCCCUGGAGGAGGAGGAGCCCAAGGAGAUGCCCAAGCUGCAGUGCGAGCUCUGCGACGUCGAGGGCGACAAGGCCGCCGGCUGCGGCGGCGGCGCGGGCAGCCCCGGCGGCCUGGGCCGGCCCCACCGGCACGUCACGGCGCGGCCCUACGCCUGCGAGCUGUGCGCCAAGCACUUCCAGAGCCCGUCGACGCUGAAGAUGCACAUGCGGUGCCACACGGGCGAGAAGCCCUACCCCUGCCAGACGUGCGGCCGCUGCUUCUCCAUGCAGGGCAACCUGCAGAAGCACCAGCGCAUCCACCUGGGCGUCAAGGAGUUCGUGUGCCAGUACUGCAGCAAAGCCUUCACGCUGAACGAGACCCUCAAGAUCCACCAGCGCAUCCACACGGGCGAGAAGCGCUACCACUGUCAGUUCUGCCUGCAGAGCUUCCUGUACCUGUCCACCAAGCGCAACCACGAGCAGAGGCACAUCCAGGAGCACGACGGCAAGGGCUACGCCUGCUUCCAGUGCCCCAAGAUCUGCAAGACGGCCGCGGCCCUGGGCAUGCACCAGAAGAAACACUUGUUCAAGAGCCUGGGCCAGCAGGAGAGACUCGAGGGGGAGCCGGGCGUGCCGGAGACCCUGCUCAUGAUGGACCCGGACCAUCAGGACCAAAAGCCCCACCUACAGACCGCGGGCGAGGAUGGCCCGUGAGGGGCCCCCCGGCUUAGGAAGGGGGUCCUACUGUAGCUGUUCGUGAGUUUGGUUGGGUAUUCCUUUCUUCUCCCUCCCUCUCUGCCUCUCCCCCUCCCUCCCUCCCUCUCUCUCUCUCUCUCUCU